CGCGGAGCGGCGGGGCUGGGCUGGCGCGAACCUGGAGGGAGAGCGCCGGGCAGCGCUCAGGGAGCAGCGGGAGCUCGGCCGCCGAGGACCCCUGCGACCCGCGCCGGAGAUCCCGGCUCCACACUCUCCUCGAAUUUUACAGAUUUCCGUCCGCGACUGUAUCUCCCCAAAACGGAGCCUUUAUAACCCAGAGAAGGUGAGGGAGCUGGGGCAACCAGGACUUUCCCGGGCACCCAAGAUGCGCUCCAUUAGGAAGAGGUGGACGAUCUGCACGAUAAGUCUGCUCCUGAUCUUUUAUAAGACAAAAGAAAUAGCAAGAACUGAGGAGCACCAGGAGACGCAACUCAUCGGAGAUGGUGAACUGUGUUUGAGUCGAUCACUUGUCAAUAGUUCUGAUAAAAUCAUUCGAAAGGCUGGCUCUUCCAUCUUCCAGCACUCUGUAGAAGGUUGGAAAAUCAAUUCCUCUUUGGUACUGGAAAUAAGGAAGAAUAUUCUUCGUUUCCUAGAUGCAGAACGAGAUGUCUCAGUGGUCAAGAGCAGUUUUAAGCCUGGUGAUGUCAUACAUUAUGUACUAGACAGGCGCCGGACACUAAAUAUUUCUCAAGAUCUUCAUAGCCUCCUACCUGAAGUGUCACCAAUGAAAAAUCGCAGAUUUAAGACCUGUGCAGUUGUUGGAAAUUCUGGCAUUCUGCUUGAUAGUGAAUGUGGAAAGGAGAUUGACAGUCACAAUUUUGUAAUAAGGUGUAAUCUAGCCCCUGUGGUGGAGUUUGCUGCAGAUGUGGGAACUAAAUCAGAUUUUAUUACCAUGAAUCCAUCAGUUGUACAAAGAGCAUUUGGAGGCUUUCGAAAUGAGAGUGACAGAGAAAAAUUUGUGCAUAGACUUUCCAUGCUGAAUGACAGUGUCCUUUGGAUCCCUGCUUUCAUGGUCAAAGGAGGAGAGAAGCACGUGGAGUGGGUUAAUGCAUUAAUCCUUAAGAACAAACUGAAAGUGCGAACUGCCUAUCCAUCACUGAGACUUAUUCACGCUGUCAGAGGUUACUGGCUGACAAACAAAGUUCCCAUCAAAAGACCCAGCACAGGUCUCCUCAUGUAUACACUUGCCACAAGAUUCUGUGAUGAAAUUCACCUGUAUGGAUUCUGGCCAUUCCCUAAGGAUUUGAAUGGAAAAGCCGUCAAAUAUCAUUACUACGAUGACUUAAAAUAUAGGUACUUUUCCAAUGCAAGUCCUCACAGAAUGCCAUUAGAAUUUAAAACAUUGAAUGUGCUACAUAAUAGAGGAGCCCUGAAACUAACAACAGGAAAGUGUGUAAAGCAAUAAAGCACUUUUGAAAACAUACAAACUGUAUAUGCACUUCUUUUCUGAAGAUGCUUCCUAAGAUUUGAAAAUAGGAUCCAGAACAAGACUGAGUUUCAGUAUUCACCAAUUAUCUGAAAGGUGACAAAGGACAUUUAUGAGAAAUCCGCUACCAGCUGAUGAAAUACCUGCAAAGUGCUCUAAAAAACACAUAUUUUGACUUCAAGGGUCCUAGUAAGUGCCACUUCCACUAAGAACACAGUUUGAAUGUAUAAUCAGUAGUGUUUACAAGAUCCAACAAUGCACUUGUUGUUAGUUAAUGAGGCAAAUAUGUUCAUCACUAUUGGGCUGCCACAGUGAUGCCAAGCACAUUAGAAGAGUAACCCAGGAACACAACUCAGCCUUGGGGAUUAAACCAUCCUUGUCAGCAGAAAUCAAGAUGGAAAUAGUUGGAGCAGUGAAAUCCAUAAGAUUAAACAACUCAAGUAAAUGCCUUCAGUCAGGACUCUGAGUCUGAUCAUGAAUUUUAUGUUUUUGUUUUUGUUUUUGUCUUCUGGAAUCUCUUUUGGUUUGGGUAUUGGGUGCUUAGAAAUCCUUUCUGAGAUAAGCAUGAAUGAGAUAAAUAACCUUCAAGGAAUCAUUUUUAAUGUUCUUAUAUUUUUAAAGAGCAAUCACAUAAUGACUUUGUAAAAAAGUUUCAUUUUGCACAACUCUAAACCUCCAGAUUUUCCCCCAGUGGUGUAGAAGGUACCAGCUAAACUGUACCACUCAGUAAUCUUGAGCCAUUCUAAAAGAAAGAUGUUCAAUGUCAUCUGAGAUGGUAAAAUUAGCAGAAAAAAAAUGUACUUUUGGUACCAAAGAUUGUACUGAUGUUUCUACACAACAAACCAUUCUCCUUUCAUGAAAAUAAUAUAUUAAUAUAUUAUGAUGCUACUGAUAUGGAAGUUGUCUUUAAAUGUGUUGAAUUUUUCAAACUUAAACUUUGUUUUUAUUUGAAGGAAGACUUCCAGAGUUUUACAUUUCAUAAUAAUUUUCUGGAAGCAUUUUGCCCUUUAGGAUAAAUGUCAGACUGAUAGGGCUGAAAUGUGACUUCCAGUUCUUUGAUAUUCCCCUUAUUCAAAUGGAAAUUGAAUUGGCAUUCUCUUUAUAUUACUGUUAAGUUUUCUUAGUGCUGAAGUAAUAUGAUUAAUAAAAUGUUGUUUCCAUAACAGGGAUGAUUACUUUUAAGAGGUUUAAUAAUGAAACUGUGUCAGCAUUUUGCACUUCAAGUGAAUUAAAUUGACCAAUAUUUUU